AUGCAGUUUGUAUCCUGGGCAGUGGGAUUACUACUCAUGUUACUCGUGUGGGAUCUAUUGGAGAUGACCCUGCAGGCUGCAGCGCUCUCGAAAACGAAACUGCACCCGCGACAAGUUAAACUGUUGGAGAGUCUUGGUGAAUACGAGAUCGUGUCUCCCACCCGAGUGAAUGCCCUGGGAGAAGCUUUUCCCACGAACAUGCACUUCAAAAGAAGACGAAGGAGUAUUAAUUCUGACACUGACCCCUGGCCCGCAGCAACCACCUCCUCCUCUUUCUCUACCUCUUCCUCUUCCCAGGCUCACUAUCGACUCUCCGCUUUCGGGCAGCAGUUUCUAUUUAAUCUCACAGCCCAUGCCGGAUUUAUCGCCCCACUUUUCACUGUCACCCUCCUCGGAGAACCCGGGGUUAACCAAACAAAGUUUUAUGCCGAAGAGGACUCUGAGCUCAAGCACUGUUUCUAUAGAGGACAUGUCAAUACCAAGUCCGAGCACACAGCUGUAAUAAGCCUCUGUUCAGGAAUGCUGGGCACGUUCCGGUCUCAUGAUGGGGACUAUUUUAUAGAACCCCUGCUGCUCCUGGAUGGCCAAGAAUAUGAAGAUGAGCACAACAAGCCCCAUGUGGUUUAUCGGCGAAGCGCUCCUAGCCAAGACUCGGCCGCCAGAAGACGCACCUGUGAGACAAAAGAACAUAAACAUGGCAGCAGAAGGAAGAAAACCCACAUGAGAAAAUGGCAAGACAGGGGCAUGCUGUCAGAUAAUGUGGAGAUAUUAAAAAGCAGGUUGGCAGCAAAACCAUUUUCUGCCCAUGAUAACAAGACUGAGAGCAUGAGCGGGAGAAAGAGCCAUAGGAGGACGAAACGUUUUUUAUCGUAUCCUCGCUUUGUGGAAGUGAUGGUGGUCGCAGACAGCAGAAUGGUUGCCUAUCAUGGAGCGAAUCUGCAACACUACAUUUUAACCUUAAUGUCAAUAGUAGCCUCUAUCUAUAAAGACCCAAGUAUUGGAAAUUUAAUUAAUAUUGUUAUUGUGAACUUAGUCGUGAUUCAUAAUGAGCAGGAAGGGCCAGCCAUAUCUUUUAAUGCCCAGACAACAUUAAAAAACUUUUGCCAGUGGCAGCAUUCAAAAAACUAUCCUGGUGGAAUCCAGCAUGAUACAGCUGUCCUUGUCACAAGGCAGGAUAUUUGCAGAGCUCAUGACAAAUGUGAUACUUUAGGUCUUGCUGAACUGGGGACGGUCUGUGAUCCAUAUCGAAGUUGUUCAAUUAGUGAAGACAAUGGAUUAAGUACUGCUUUUACCAUAGCACAUGAACUUGGCCAUGUAUUUAACAUGCCUCAUGAUGACAACAAUAAAUGUAAAGAAGAAGGAGUUAAAAGUCCACAGCAUGUCAUGGCACCAACAUUGAAUGUCUACACCAACCCCUGGAUGUGGUCCAAGUGUAGCCGGAAGUACAUUACAGAGUUCUUGGACACUGGUUAUGGAGAGUGUUUGCUUAAUGAACCCGAGUCCAGGACUUACCCUCUGCCUCCACAACUCCCAGGCCUCUUUUACAACGUGAACAAGCAAUGUGAAUUGAUUUUUGGACCAGGAUCUCAGGUGUGCCCAUACAUGCAGAUGCAAUGCAGACGACUCUGGUGCAUUAAUAUCGAUGGUGCUCACAAAGGGUGCAGGACCCAGCACACACCCUGGGCUGAUGGGACCGAGUGUGAACCUGGAAAGCACUGCAAGUAUGGAUUUUGUGUUCCCAAAGAACUGGAGGGACCUCGGACCGAUGGAUCAUGGGGAAAUUGGAGUCACUUUGGGACCUGUUCAAGGACCUGCGGUGGUGGCAUCAAAACAGCCACUCGAGAAUGCAACAGACCUGAGCCUCGGAAUGGUGGAAGAUACUGCACAGGUCGCAGAAUGAAAUUUAAAUCCUGUAACACUGAACCAUGUCCUCAUCAGAAGAGGGAUUUCCGAGAUGAGCAGUGUGCCCACUUUGAUGGAAAGCAUUUUAACAUUAAUGGCCUACUUCCCAACGUGCGCUGGGUUCCAAAGUACAGUGGAAUUUUGAUGAAAGACCGGUGCAAACUGUUCUGUAGGGUAGCAGGAAAUACGGCUUACUAUCAGCUCCGAGACCGAGUGGUGGACGGCACUCCCUGUGGACAAGACACCAAUGAUAUCUGUGUCCAAGGGCUUUGUAGGCAAGCUGGAUGUGAUCAUGUAUUAAACUCAAAAGCACGGCGAGAUAAAUGUGGGGUUUGCGGUGGUGAUAACUCUUCAUGCAAAACCGUGGCGGGGACAUUUAAUACCGUACAUUAUGGUUACAACACUGUGGUCAGGAUCCCACCGGGUGCUACCAAUAUUGAUGUGCGACAGCACAGCUUCUCAGGGAAGGCAGAGGAUGACAACUACCUAGCAUUAUCCAGCAGCCAAGGAGAAUUCUUACUCAAUGGUGACUUUGUCGUUACAAUGUCCAAAAAGGAAAUCAAAAUUGGAAAUGCCGUCAUCGAAUACAGUGGCUCAGACAAUGCAGUUGAAAGGAUCAACUCAACAGAUCGGAUUGAGCAAGAGAUUUUGCUUCAGGUCCUCUCAGUGGGCAAUUUGUAUAAUCCCGAUGUGCGUUACACCUUCAAUAUUCCAAUUGAAGACAGCCUUCAGCACUUCUACUGGAACAGCUAUGGGCCCUGGCAGGCAUGCAGUAAACUCUGCCAAGGGGAACGGAAGAGAAAACCUGUCUGCACCAGAGAAUCUGACCAGCUCACCGUUUCAGAUCAAAGGUGUGAUCGGAUUCCUCAGCCAGAGCCAGUCACAGAACCUUGUGGCACUGAGUGUGAAUUAAGAUGGCACAUUGCUGGCAAAAGCGAAUGUAGCGCCCAGUGUGGAUUGGGUUACCGUACUCUAGAUAUCUACUGCGCCAAGUACAAUAGGCCUGAGGGGAAGACGGAGAAAGUGGAUGACAGUUUCUGCAGCAGCCACCCCAAACCAAGCAACCGGGAAAAAUGCUCUGGAGAAUGUAACACGGGAGGUUGGCGGUAUACGGACUGGACAGAAUGCUCCAAGAGCUGUGAUGGCGGAACGCAGAGAAGAAGAGCUAUCUGUGUGGGCCCUCACAAUGACAUCCUGGAUGACAGUAAAUGCAGACACCAGGAGAAGCUCACGGUCCAGAGGUGUCAUGAGUUCCUUUGUCCACAGUGGGAAUCAGGAGGCUGGUCAGAGUGCUUGGUCACGUGUGGAAAGGGGCAUAAGCACCGCCAGGUCUGGUGUCAGUUUGGCGAGGAACGGUUGAAUGAUCGACUCUGUGACCUUGCCACCAAGCCCACCUCGGUGCAGACCUGUCAACAGCAGGAAUGUGCAUCCUGGCAAGUAGGGCCGUGGGGACAGUGCAGCGUGACUUGCGGCCAAGGCUACCAGAUGCGAGCCGUCAAAUGCGUCCUUGGAGCUUAUUUGUCUAUGGUAGAUGAUAAUGAUUGUAACGCAGCAACCCGACCAACAGAUACCCUGGACUGUGAAUUAGUGCCUUGCCAACCUCCACCAGCUGCGCCAGAAGCAAGAAGAAGUGCUAGCGUUCAAAGAACCCAAUGGAGAUUUGGAUCUUGGACUCCAUGCUCGGCCACAUGUGGAAAAGGAACCCGGAUGAGAUACGUCAGCUGUAGGGAUGAUGAGGGCUCAGUGGCAGAUGAGGAAGCCUGUUCUACCCUCCCUAGGCCAUCAGCAAAGGAAGUGUGUGCCGUGACCCCUUGUGGGCAGUGGAAGGCCUUGGAUUGGAGCCCUUGCUCCGUGUCCUGUGGACAAGGUAGGGCGACUCGGCAGGUGGUAUGUGUCAACUACAGCAACCAGGUAGUUGACCAGAGUGAGUGUGACGUGGAUUAUAUCCCAGAAACGGAACAGGACUGCUCCAUGUCACCCUGCCCACGCCACAGCCAUGACCGAGACCUACCCCAGCACCCCUUCCAAAAUAAGGACUAUCGCUCCAGAAGUGCCAACCCCAGCCGCACCCAUGUGCUCAGUGGCAAUCAGUGGAGAACCGGACCCUGGGGGGCAUGCUCUAGUACGUGUGCUGGUGGGUUCCAGCGGCGAGUCGUCGUCUGUCAAGAUGAAAAUGGAUAUGCUGCAAAUGAUUGUGCGGAGAGACUCAAACCUGAUGAGCAGAGAUCCUGUGAAUCUGGCCCCUGUCCUCAGUGGGCUUAUGGCAACUGGGGAGAGUGCACAAAGCCAUGUGGUGGAGGAACACGGACUAGAUUGGUGGCUUGCCAACGUCCCGAUGGGGAAAGAUUUACAGACCUGAGCUGUGAAAUUCUGGAUAAACCCCCAGAUCGAGAGCAGUGCAAUACUCAUUCUUGUCCUCAAGAUGCGAGAUGGAAUUCUGGCCCUUGGAGCUCGUGCUCUGUCUCUUGUGGUCGGGGUCAUAAACAACGAAAUGUGUACUGCAUGGCAAAAGAUGGAAAACAUUUAGAGAGUGAUUACUGUAAGCAUCUGGCUAAGCCUAACGGGCAAAGAAAGUGCAGAGGAGGAAGAUGUCCAAAGUGGAAGGCUGGAGCCUGGAGCCAGUGCUCCGUGUCUUGUGGCCAAGGAGUCCAGCAGAGGAAUGUGGACUGUCGGACUGGAGCCCACAAAACAAGGGAGAGCGAUUGCAACCUGUAUGCCAGACCUGCAUCCGAGCAGACCUGCCACUCCCCGGCAUGUCCACUGUAUACUUGGAGGACAGAGGAAUGGCAAAGUUGUACAAAGACGUGUGGAGCAGGCUCCAGGUAUCGAAAGGUGGUGUGCGUGAAUGGAAACGAGGUUGAGGAACACAGCCUGCACUGUGACCCGAGCCAGCGGCCAGCAGACCAAGAAAGCUGCAGUCUGCAGCCGUGUGAAUACAUCUGGAUCACCGGCGAAUGGUCGGAGUGCUCAGUGACCUGCGGCAAGGGUUAUAAACAAAGGCUAGUUUCCUGUAGUGAAAUUUACACCGGGAAAGAUCAUUAUGAGUACGGCUACCAGAAUACCAUCAACUGCCCAGGCACCCAGCCUCCCAGCAUCCAUCCCUGCUUCCAAAGGGAGUGCCCUGUCUCAGCCACCUGGAGAGUUGGAAAUUGGGGAAGCUGCUCGGUGACUUGCGGAGGGGGAGUGAUGCAUCGCUCAGUGCAGUGCUUAACGAAUGACGACCAGCCAAGCACUCUCUGCCCCAUUGAGUUAAAACCUGAAGAAAGAAGAACCUGCCACAGUAACCACAAUUGUGAGUUACCCAGAAACUGCAAAGAGAUGAAAAGGCUGAAAGGUGUCAUUGAAGAUGGGGAGUAUUAUCUCACAAUCACAGGAAGGAUUCUCAAGGUCUUCUGCGCUGGGAUGCAGUCUGACAAGCCCAAAGAGUAUAUUACGCUUAUCAGUAGUGACUCCGAGAACUUCUCAGAGGUUUAUGGGCACAGACUGCACAACCCCACCGAAUGCCCUUACAACGGGAGCCGGAGAGAAGAUUGCCACUGUCGGAAAGAUUAUACAGCAGCUGGGUUUUCCUCCUUCCGAAAAGUCAGGCUGGAUUUGACCACUAUGCAAAUAAUAACCACAGACUUGCAGUUUGCACGGACCCACGAUGGGCGUCCUGUUCCUUUUGCCACAGCUGGAGAUUGCUACAGUGCUGCAAAGUGCCCACAGGGACGCUUUAGCAUCAAUCUUUAUGGAACUGGCCUGUCAUUAACAGAUGCCUCCAGAUGGGUCUCACAAGGGAACUACGCUGUCUCUGAAAUUAAAAAGUCACCGGAUGGCACCAAAGUCACAGGGAAAUGUGGUGGAUACUGUGGGAAAUGCACGCCAUCCUCUGGAACUGGCCUGGAGGUGCGAGUGCUCUGACAAUGGUGCUCUAAAAAGGAAACCAUUAUGGGAUGGAUGAAGGAUCAUAAUGCAAUACCUCCACCUUAAAUUUGGUUGUGUGUGCAUGUGUGUGUGUGUGUGUGUGUGUGUGUGCAUGAAGACUUAUGUAUGUGAGUGUGUGUGUGUGUGUGUACAUAAACAUAUAUAUAUAUGUGGAAUAUCCUAAUGAUGUAAAGUUUAAUAUUUAUGUUUAAAAUUAUUUAUUGUGAUUUAAUAUUUUUGUACGUAAAAUGUUUCUAUCGUGGCUGCUUCUGCGCUCAUUUCGUCCUUUGCAGUCAAACUACUGCAUUUUACGUACUCUACAUCAUAUGUAGUUCUGUGACAAAGUGCUCUUGUAUUAUUAUCACGGUACAUUAUGGUUUACUUUCAAUCUGUACAUUGUUUGUAUUGAAACUUUUUUAUUGUAAUUUUUUUUAAAAAAGCAAAACCACACUCCUCUUAAGGUGCUACAUGAUCACGUAUUUUUUUUUUUUUUUUGGCAUUUUAAUUGAAUGGUUUCUAGGAAAAUAGCAGUUCGUACUUAAAGCAGUAAGUAACAGACUGGUAUCACAGAAUAUACAGGCUUUUAAUUAUGUCAAGUCCAUGUUCAAUUUCACAUGCUCUCUGUGAAAAGCAACCAUGUUGGUGCUAACAUAUGUUUUUCAGUGAUGUUUAGGAUUAGAAUAGAGAAGAUAGACCCAAAAAUGGAGGAGUGGAAGGAAAACUUGGGAUGGACAAAAAAAUCAUUUUGAUAAAAUGAAAUGAUCAAAUGUUUAUCCUAUUGUGAACAUCUACUUUUUUUUUUAAGUGAGUAGAAUCCGUCCUUUUUCUGUCAUUAAUCACUCACUACUUUGCUUCUGCACAUGGUGCCUUGAUUUCCCUGCAAAUCGAAAUGGAGGUUGAUGGAGCUGCCACAAUCCAGAAUGCCAGGAAAACGAAUGUGGUCAGAUGGUUUUGCCAAUAGAACCUAAAAAUAUGAGCUAAUUAGCAGAGUGCUCCCUCCCCCACUGACCAGUGUGAAAUCAGUGGCUGGUGAAGGGUGGCGUGCUAAAGAACAGAACCAGUGAUGUGGGUCAUGUAUAUUGUAUAGUGUCUAUUUUUAUUUAUAUCCUUGCCCAUAUCCUGAUCUUUGGGCCCUUGGAUCACUGGGGACAAUCCAGGUUCCCUGGAUGCUCUAAAGGGUUAGAGUUUAUAAGCAAAAGGAGGCUAUGGAGUCCAAGAUGAUCACUUUUCAUUAAUGAACUGUGCAAGACUUCUCCCGGAUAUGGAUGUGCCAAAGACUUGGUGUUUGUUCUUCUGUAUGUACAUUCUGACCAGAAGAAAGACAAUAUCACCAGGGCCUUCAUGUAUAGGACCUUUGGGUUGAGAUUUCUUUCCUUGAUUCCAAGGACCAAAGAGAUAGGAAAAGUUGGACAGUUUUCUCCAAGCCCAAGCAAAACUUCAGGGAAAAUUAUACUCCAUGUAUGUAUGUGUUAUUUUCCAUUAUUAAGGCAUUAUUAAAAUCUAUUAUGAAUAAAUACGGUGACCACAUCCAACCAUUCACAA